CAGAAAUCUCCAAACCGCUUUGCUGAAUGAUGAUACAAACACGUCCAGCAAGAGCUUGUUUGUAUUUUCUGUCUCACGCGUGGAUACUUUUUGUGUUGCUUUUACAAGAAGAUGUUAGAUGUGAUGUCGUGUUUCUGCCUUCAUUCCUUGUCGUUUCUGGCCCGAGAGCAUCCGCCUUUCUGGUUGGGAACGUGACUAACGUGACUGUGUCUAUCAACAGCGUCUCACCCUCCAAUGCUACAGGAAGCCUCCCUCCAGCCUCCUGUGUGUCAUCUGGUGUCAGCCAAUGGACUGUGUCAAAAGAGCAUAUGGGGAUGGACCAGAGCCUCCUGGUGCGUAUUAUUCUGAACCGAGGCCUACAGCUGUGCACAAGCAAAAAUGAAACAAACUGCUGUGCCCAGCCGCUGUGCGUGAGAGAGACGGUCAUGGUGUGUGCGUGUCUGGGCAACGUCACCCAGGCCAUGCUAAUCGUGCAGGCUCAGGUUUACGCCCAGCUACUUCCCAGUGGCCCUGUGUCAGAGAAUAAAACUGUGAUUCCUAACCAAGUUUUCCAGCCCCUCGGUCAGUGUCCAUGUGACUUGACUGCAAAAGUGUGCGAUAUACGAUGCUGCUGUGAUCAGGACUGCACCCCAGAGCUUUUGUGGCUUUUUGCUGGUAAUUGUCUGCCUGGACCAUUUGGCGGAAUGAUUUCUCCUGUUCCUGACUACGUCUGCUCUGCUCAGUCGACUACCAAUGCUCCAGAUUGGUUCCCUUUUCUCUGCGUCACCUCUCCUUCAGAGAACAAUCCGUUCCUUGGGCUUUUCUAUGAUGGCACUAUUGUCACUCCAAAACCAGCUCCAUCUUUCCAGACUCAGCAGGUGGCAGCACCUCUACCUUCUACAAAGUACCGCCAGGGGGUGCCCAUCUUGACCACAGACAACAAGUACUUCACUAUCCCACAGGUGUCUAUGCUAGGGCAGUGCUUGGAGAAGGCUCCAGUAGCGUUCCUGCAUAACUUUGAGGCUGUGUGUGUGAGAACUCUGCUUUCCUGCCCCACCGCCCUGGCUGGGCUCGGCGUGGCAGUGAGAGAUGAACAAGGAGGGGUGGUCAAAGUGUCCAUCAUGGAUGAACUGGUCACAGAUCUUAUCCCUUUUUUAUCGAGUCCUACUAAUCCAGCUGAGCCACAGUUUUGUCCGAAUGUGGUUCUGUCUUUAAGUUAUAAAUUUGAAUGGAAGGGGAACGGCAUCACGGCCAUCAGUGUGACCCGCCGCAUUGGAAACAUUACAGUCAGUCCCGGAGUGACACUGACAACCCGAUACUCUGCAGUGUUUGUGAAUGGAAAUACUUCAGCUCAGCCUAACUCUGGCAACCCAGGUUAUCAAGUGGGAAGACCAGUGAUUGGUGGAGUUUUGCUCAAUGCAACUGGAGCUAUUGAGAGAGCACCAAUUAGCCUCUGGCAAGGAGUGAGCAAUGGCCUGUGCUCUUCAGCUGACCUGAGACCAGUUCUCUAUGGAAUAAACUCAACCUCUGGGUGUCUGAUGCCUGUCAGUUUGCUUAACCUGACUGAGUGCAGCCAGCUCAGAGAAACUGUCCGGUCCUCUUUGGCUGCUUUAGUCCCGGCUACAUUGGUUUCCAGAUCAGGAAAUCCAGAUUUCUCCACACUGACCAACUGGACCCGGAUGACUAUACAGAGCUCUAAUCAGACAGCAGCAGGCACCGGGGGCGUUUGCUCUGGCAUUCCAGCUCACCUACACAUUCACAUCAGAAGCAUCGUCAUGGGAACCAUAGGCGGGAUACCACAAAAAAUGAUUCAGGCUGUAGAGUUGAAUUUUAAGGUGUCUACAUGGAGUUUACAGUGUGGUGCAGCUCAGGGAACCAUCUGUAUGACCCCAGAUCUGACACAAACAUUCCCUGUGACCUCUUCUGUGACUUUCACUGAGGCUCCCAUCAACACACAAUCCCCAAUGUCCAGAUUUAGCAUUAACUUUACAGAGUUUGACUGUGACAGGAAUGAUGUGUGCUGGCCCGAGCUUGCCUUCCCUCUCACACCUUAUUACACUGGUGAGCCGUACUCUCAGGCUUUGGCUAAAGGACUCAUCCUUGUCUUCUUCUUCAUCGCUGCAUCUGUUUUAGGAACACCGUGGAGACAAAUUAGACAGGCAUGGAGCAAUAGCUCACUUUAAUGUGUGUGUGUGUGUGUGUGUAGAGAGAGAGAGAGAGAGAGAGAGAGAGAGAGAGAGAGAGUUUUUUGCAAGGAAAAAAGUCGAUUAUUAUUAUUAUGAUUCAGUAUUGAGUCAUACUGCAGUCAUGAGGCUUUUUCUCAGAAAUGUAUUUUCACCAUUUUUUAUUAGUUAUAUCACUGAUUUUUACACUUAUGGUUUUUUUUCUGAAAACCCACUGUAUGAAAAUGCAUAGCUGUUUCUAAUAUUUAUUACACUGUAAUGUAUAAAAUUGAUUGAGGAAUAAAUUUGAAUUGCUUUUUUGUGCUUUAUACAAAGUUAUAUCGGCAUUUAUUUAUUUUUGUUAAUUUUGGUGAGGCUCAUUGAGUAGCCAGACAUGUACAGGUUAUUUGAUGUUCACUUUUUUUUUUAAAUGCUAAAAAAUUUAAAAUAAUAAAAAUAAUGUAAUAAAACAAAAAUUAAUUUAUCUAAAGACAUUAGCUAUAGAGAUAAAGACCUGAACUUUACAAAAUGCACUAACAGCACAGUGCUCAGGCAGCCAUCUGCCUCCACAUCUCGAUGAUCUUUAACCGCUGCAUUCUACAAACGCCUAUAGUCAACAGUCUUCCUAUUUAUGAAUUGACUGACCCCUUCCUGUUUUGUAUUGUUCUUAUUUGCAUGCUAAUUUGAAUUAUUUUCUAUCUCCUUAGUAAAACUGUUGAAUGUAUUUGCAUCUGUCUGCCCUCCUUGCAGGAUUCCCCUGAGCAAAUAAAAUGGGUUCUCUUUGUCCAA